AACAAACACAAUGUGAGAGCUACAUUCAGUGUUGAGCUCACACAGUCAACAACAAGACGGAGGGAAUGAAACCCAUGAAGCAGCCUAAUUAGUUAAUUUCCCUCUUCAGAAAACAUGAAGAAAGCUGCAUCUGCCAAAGAGCUGAAUGUGCUGAUUGUGGGAUCACAAGGCUCACAUAAAGAUCUCGUUGGAAACAUCAUCCUGGGAAGAAACGCGUUUGAUGCCGUAGAUGCAACAUUCAACUGUGAGAAGAGAGAGGGAGAAGUGUGUGAGCGAAGAGUCACGUUGGUCCAAACCCCUGGAUGGCUGCGAGGAUAUCAGCUGUGUGAUACAGCAGGACUUUUGAAGACAGAGACGAUUCUCAGCGUCACUCUGUGUCCACCUGGACUGCAUGGUUUUCUGCUGGCGAUUAAUGCUCAGCUUCCAUUCACAGAUGUCUACAAGAAGGUGACAAAGGAGCAUUUGGAGUAUUGUUUUGGUGAGAAGGUGUGGGAUCACACUGCAGUGGUCUUCAGCCACAGAGGCCAUAUAGACCAUGAAACCAUUGAGGAUUACAUCAGUAAAGAAGGGGCAUCGCUCCAGUCGCUGCUGGAGGCCUGUGGUAACAGGUAUCAUGUUCUCUGUGAUGAUGGGACAGACAACAGCACGAACAUCAGACAGCUGUUUGAGAAGAUUGACACCAUGGUGGCAGAAAACAGUUGUUAUGAAAUCGAGAGCAGGCUGAUACAAACUGUUGAAGAGAGGACGAAGGAAGUCGACAAAAAAGCUGAGGAGCUGCGUCUGCAGACACAACAACAAAGGCAAAGGCUCAGAAGGCUCCUGAGUGAGUCAAAACCCAGCCUGAGAAUCUUGAUGGUCGGGUGGGUGUUUUCUGGGAAGAGUGCCGCUGGCAAUAGGAUUUUAAGAAGUGAAGUUUUUCACCUUGGUGAGAGAACGAUGAAAGCUUUAAAGCAAAGUGGCGAGGUGGCUGGAAGAGAGGUCGUGGUGGUGGACACUCCUGGAUGGUGGAAAUUCUUCCCAGCGUCAUUUAUCCCUGAGGUUGUGAAGUCUGAGAUUUUAAAAGGGGUGUCUCUGUGCUCGCCAUCACCAAAUGUCAUUCUGCUGGUGGUGCCGCCUGACACAUCAUUUACUGAUGAACAAAAAAGAGUCACAGAGGACAACAUGAAGUUAUUCGGACAGAGAGUGUGGAGACAUGUAAUAGUGCUGUUCACAUCUGGGGACACUUUGGGAAACAAAACUAUAGAGCAACACAUUGAAAGUGAAGGAAAGCCUCUCCGUGGCCUGAUUGAGAAAUGUGGAAAGAGGUAUCAUGUCCUUGACAACACGAGCAAAGCUGGUGAUCAGGUAACAGAGCUGCUGGAGAAGAUGGAAGAGAUGGUGGCAGGAAACUGUUCUUUGCACCUCAGUGAAGCAGAUGAUCCACAACAAGAAGAGAAAAGUGAUGAACCAACUAAAAACAAAGAUGAGAGCACAGCCAAAGAGAUCACAGAACAACUUAACAUCAAAUGGGAUCGCAAGAACUGGGAAGAAGACCGUAUGUUAAAAGGAGACGACAGUAUGCCUUUACGAAUGAACUUUAGUGAAGACAAGCAGAGGCUCAAAGAUGUCAAAGGAGAGGAAGAAGACAAACGACAAAGUCAGGAUGAUGCAGGAUCCGUCUCUCUGAACAUGAAGGAAUUGUUGGAGAGAGAGUGGAUCAGACAAGAGGCAUCAAUAGAACAUUACUACAAGCUCUUUGCAGGUGAAUAA